AUGGCAUAUAAGGCUAGGGAGUCCAGAUUGGAGAGGGAACUUAACUACAAUGAAGGAAUGGAUCAGUAUAACAUGGAAGCUGGGGGAAAGGAGCAGAAGUUGAAUGACUUGAAGGUAGCUUUUGACAUGUAUGACACUGAAAGUUGUGGGUUUAUAAACCCUAAGAGCUUGAAACAGAUGCUUAAGAAGAUGGGUGAGUCCAAAUCCACUGAUGAGUGCAAAUCUAUGAUCAAAAAGUUUGAUUUUAAAGGGGAUGGUGUCCUAAGCUUUAAAGAAUUCAGAAUUAUGAUGCAGUGA